UGCUUCAAGGUGAUUGGUUUGUGGCAGCUUAUCAGCUCAUCUAACUGUUACAGUAGCACAUCCAAAAGAAUCGGUGACAACGACCUCGAAAGUAACAGAUCCAAGAAAAUCUCCAAAAGUAACCGUUCCAAAAAUAUCGGUGACAACAUCUUCUCCAAAAGUAACAGGUCCAAAAAUAUCAGUGACAACAUCUUUGAGAAUAAUAUUAAAGAUAUCAAUGACGACACAUUUCUCCAUGAUGACGACGAGCUCAAAAGUAACAGCUCCAGUUACUUUUACCUGUUAAACGUGACUGUGAUGUCCGUGUUUGUUCCCUAUGUGAUAAUGGAGUUCUUCGGGUCGAUGACGUCACGAUAUGACUUUGUGACGUUGACAGAAAAGCUGUCUGUUAAUAUCACACUGCUUGAGUCUGCCGUAAAGUUUAUUUAUUGCUACAUGAGGCGAAGGCAGUUGGCUGAUUUGCUUGGGGUAUUCGAAGAAAACUUCCUCCUCUGCAUGCAACAGAACCGUGCUACCAAUCUAAAAAUCCUGGAAAACUAUGCGAAAAAUCUAACAGGCAACAUAAACCUGUUCAUAAUCAUAAUCUACGCGACUGUAGGUCUGUGGAACAGUCUACCAAUCCUCAGCUGUUUCCAGGAGUCAAGCUGUGUCACUCUGCAAAUCAUGCCAUCCUGGUACCCGAUAUCCAUAGACCAGGCUCCCAUAAAACAGCUGGUCUACCUGCUGGAGUUUGUUAUCAUGUGCUACUGUGCGUCUCUUCUCUACAGUGUCAACUGUCUCAUUCUAGCCUUCGCCAGGAUGAUCUCCUCACAGGUUGAAAUUCUGAAACUCAGCAUGACCAGUUUGGCCCAAAACGCAGCCAAGACCGUAUAUUCCCAGAACGCAAACAACUCCGUAUAUUCCCAAAACGCGGCCAAUUCCGUCUAUGCCCAAAACGCAGCUAAAACCGUUCCUGGGAAUAAGAAUGAUCAUGAUUUUGAAGUCUCUGAGAUCUAUGGAAAUAAGGAUGAUCAUAAUCUUGAAGUAUCUGAGAUCUAUGGGAGUAUGGAUAACCAUACAUUGAUGAAUGGAGAUCUGUUGAGGAGUGAUUACCAUAUUGAAGAGUCUGAGAUUCUGUAUCGCAGAUACCAGAAGAGGGUCGAUGAUUUGCAGAGGGAUUGUUUGAUUGAUUAUCAGAGGAUAUUGAGCCAAGCUGCACUUAUGGAACAAACGUUUAGUCCACUUAUACUUUUUCAACUAGCCGUUAGCACCAUUACUCUGUGCCUGGUAUUAAUUUCACUUACGACUAAAACAGCAGCCAAUUCAACGAUAUCACUGACCCUCGGAUGCAAAUUCUCAAUGUAUCUAAUAUUUGGUUUGAUGGAUCUUUUCGUCUACAGUUGGUGUGGACAUAUUAUACAGGAUCAGACGGGCAGCUUGCAUGGAAGUCUCUAUGAGAUGGCUUGGCUUUCAAAUUCUCCAAAAUUCAAGAAAAAUGUGUUGCAAGCCAUGACUAGGGCCUUGAGACCUUGCCGACUCACGGCUGGAAAAUUU